AUGUUUGGUGAAUCUAAUGGAAAGGGAGAUUUGGGCUAUAAUGGCUUUCCAAUAUCGUUGAAUUACUUUACGGCACUUCCAGAUCCAUCGCUAAUGCAAGAUGCUAAUGCUACCAUAAUCUUUAAGUCUUUGCUGAAAAAAGAUGCAAUUACUAAGGAAAAAUCGUUAAACGACUUACUACAAUAUAUAGAUAGCAGCAAUAAAACUUCUGUAGAUGACAACUUUUUAAUGGCAUGGUUGCAAAUAUAUCCAAAAUUGGCCAUAGACAAUGCAAGAAAUGUUAGAAUAUUAUCACAUCAAGUGGAAGCAAAAUUGCUUGACACUUUAGGUGGAAAAGCUUUCAGUAAAUACUUGAAAAGCUCAAUUCCUAUUUGGUUGUUAGGAACUUUUGACAGCGAUAAUUUGGUUUCCACCACUACAUAUAAGGCAUUGUUACAGAGCUUCCAAGGAGAUACUGAUAGAGUAGAAAAAGUAUGGACUCUUUUCAAUGACUCUAUCUUAAACUUCGUAGAAAUCGCAAUCAAAUUAGAGACCCACGAGAGUUUGUCAGAUACAAGGUACACGAAGGAAGAUGACUCUGUGGCGAAAUAUGAUAGAGUGUUGAACGGCUGCUUGACAAUGCUAACCAAGAUGAUUGGUAUAUAUAAGGUAAAUGAUUCGGAAGAGAAAUAUGUAGACCAGAUUCUUCAGAUUGAAGAUUUGAUAGGCAGUGAACAACUUUGGGAUCGAUUUGCCACAUGUCUUGAAAGUAAAACUUUAAACUUGGCAUUAUUUAAAACUUUACUUAUAGUAGUCAAAGUUGUAUUCCUGUCAGAAGCUAUUACGAAACACUUCCUGAACGUAAAGCUGCUAUACAAGUUGAUAUCCAAGAAGUUUCUCAAGCACAUUAAAUUCAAAUCGGCUAAGACUAGUACUGGCGGUGUUGUGUACUCAGGAAUAAUUUUACAAUUUUGGGAUACUCUCAUAACUUUGACAAAAUUCCCACAAGUAGCUGAACUUUCAGGUAAUAAAAUAAAGAAAAACUUCUGGGAAUUGGGGUCCAGUGAUGACAAGAGUCAAGAAAGAUUUAUGAAUUAUCUUAAGUUAGGUCACUGUCAACUGAGCCCAACGUAUUACAAUAUCGUGGGUCAGUUGAUUUUAAUCUUAUCUUCUACUGAUUCUUGUAAAUUUUUACUUACUAAACCCAAGGAGAUACUACAAAUUCUUAAUGUAUAUACUAAUGCAACUUUGCCUGGAUUUAGGGAGAAGAGCUUGAUUUGUGAAUUGAAAGUAUUCACAGCAUUGCAAGAAGAAUUGACUGAAAAGCUGAUUGAAGUACUAAGAGAGAUCAUAUUUCAAGUUAUUGAUUCUGUACCUUAUCGGGGCCGUGGAUCAGAUACCUCCAUGGCGUUAAGCAAAGUAUUGGCUAACUUCUUGGCCCAGGAACGCGAUGACCUGGAGUCGAUCUUGCAACCAAUUAAUGACGUUUUCGUGGAUUUGGCACUUGAAAGAAAAGAAGAUAAACCAUUAUACAUAUUCACAAGUGCAUCAUAUUUGGAUAGCUACAUUCACAUUCUCGAAUCCGUUCCAUUACCUAACGUUUUGAAUUCAUUGACUAGCCGAGUAGUCAAUGGACUUACCGAGUCACCUGAGCUUUUACGCCCAACCAUGGCCUUCACUAUCCUCUCAAAAACUAUGCCAGUUCUGUCUUGCGCUGAAGAUGAAUCUAACUUCAUAGAAACUAUUCCUUCUUACUUGGAGUCAGACUUCGUUGAGCCUCCGUUAAUUUUAUUCUCAAGAUUAAUUGAUAGAUGUUCAUCUGACACUAUCAAUGACUUGUUCAUAAAGUUGACUAUGUGUGCUGAAUCAAAAAUACCAUUUUUUCUUGAUCUUAUCAAGGACACUGUUGAUUUAAACUCAUUCCCGGAAAUUAUGGAAUAUAUUAACAGUCUUUCUUUGAAAAAGGGCGAACUUUCCAAGGAAGAACAAAGAAUUGUUUUCAAAUACCUUGAGAAUGAUUCAACGUUGUUUGACAAUUUAUUUUCUCGUGCAACUAAAUCAAAGCAAGAUGGAGUUAAGUUUCUUGAAGCAUUGGUCAAAAAGAAUAGCAGUGAAAUCGUAGACCUUGACCGUGAAGUCUUAUAUUCAAUUUGCUGGAGAAACGUUUCUUCUACAGCUGCAAAAGAAAUUUUGCUUGGAUUUGAUAUAGAAACUGAAUUCGUUCGCCGUUCUUUGCUUGAAGAUAUCACUUCUAAAGGUAACGAUCAUUCUCAUUUUUCUUCUGUUGCUGAAUUUGUUGGAAAUGGAUCCGAAAAUUUCACUAGGUUCUUUCCAUAUCAGCAUAUAUUGGAUAUUGUAGGUGAUCUGCUGUCUCAUAAUACGGACCUUCUUUCCAUUGCAAAUCCGUUGGAACAGAAUAUAUAUUUGACUGGCGAAAAAGAAUUGCAGGUUCUGGAUAUUGCAAAGUUUAUUUUAGUUGGUAAAUUUUUGCUUUCUGUGUCUGAAAGUAUUUCUCAUGACGAUCUUACCAUCUGCGCUGGAUUGAUUUCGGAAUACUUAUCUGAUCACAUCUUUUUAAGUUCAAUUAAAGAUGAUGUUCAUGACGACCUUAUUCAAGUUCAGAUGAAAUUGCUGAAAUUGUUUGCUGAGAGAUCAAAAACAAGUUCAUUGGAAAUAUUCGACAUAGUAAAGAAUGGAGGCAGUGGAUUGGUUUUUAAAAUAAACGAUCAAACUACAUCCAUUUAUUUUGCACGUCUAUUCAAAAGAAUUCUUAGUAAUGCUAUUGAAUCUUCAUCCAUAGCAGAUUUCGAGAUUGCAUUCUCUCCUAUCGAAGCCGAUUUAACGAAAAUGGCAUCAUCUUCUCCGCUAAAAUUGGCUGUUAUCUUAUUAUCUUGCUCAAAGUUCUUCCAGUUGACAAAAAAAUUUGAUAGAAUUAGAAACUUUUUGUUGGCUGAGAUCCUUGGUGUCAGAGAUGAAAGUAAAAUUUUAGCUGAUGGGUUAAAAUGGUUGUCAUUAAGUAUUAACUUCCUAAAUGUGGAUUCAGAUGGGGAAGCAGAUGAGCUAUUACCACCGCAUAGACUUGGAAUGAUUAUAAAUACAUUUUCUAACUGGCUCGAUUCAUCAUUAUCUUAUGAUGAAGCUUUUAUUCCUAUCAGAGCAUUGUUGUCUAGGUUCUUAGCAGGAUAUUUAAGUAAAUUUGGCGAUUUACAAAGUACACCUGAAAAACUCUUUGAAUUAGCUGUCCAACUAUUGGAAGACAACUUAUCUAUUAUUUCCACAGAACCAAGACAUUUGGAACUUAGAUACUUUACUUUUAAAUUGCUAAUUGUCGUUAACAGCAAGAGGGAGCUAUUUUUGGAAUUAUGGAAAGAACAUGAACAACUGAUUAGUGAAGGACUUUUAGAGAUUUUGUUCAGUGAGGAGAUUAACGCAAUUGAUACAGUCCUUUGUAAUCAACCUGUGACUUUAUGCCAUGAAAUUCUACUGAGAAUAUUCGAUCAUUACCCAAUAUCUUACAAAAUUACCAGCGCUAAGUUAGACCAAUUGUACGGGCUCAUCAAGUCUGACUUUAUUGAUAUUCAGAGAAUUGGAGUGAAGCUACUCAAGGAGCAAAUUCUUGUGAGUCAACAAGAAUUCGUGGUCGAAUAUGAACUUCAAAAACUGAAGAUAAAGGAUGAAAAUGAGGAUGAUGUCGAGAAAUACGACGCCAAGCUACCCGGAACUCUUCUUGCUUUAAUUAAUACAAAAUUUGAAGAUUAUAUUGAAUUUGAAGAUCCAAGUAAAGUUUCUCGGUAUCUUUGGUCUUGGUCUUUAAUUUUUAACUAUUUUGAGGACAUCACAUAUUCCAUAAGGAAUUCAUAUACCGAUGUGUUGAAGAAAUCCUCCUAUAUCGAAUCACUUUUAGAUUUUAUUUUUCAACAGGUGGACGUUAAUGACGAAAAGAUUCUUUCCAAAUUGGGCGAUAUAGAUUUGACAGAUAACCUGACCCAUUUCUUCAGUUCUGAAUCUUUCAUAACUGAGAUGAAAUUAACUUUGAUACACUUAUACUAUCUAUCUUUGGAACAUUUCGGAUCGGAAUGUUCCAUGUGGUACAAUAGUAUAAGAGAUCGUCAGUUGAAGCUUAAAAUUGAAAAGUUUACUACUAAGCAUAUAUCUCCUUUAUUAACUUCGCAAAUCCUUAACGAAGUAUCAAAGUCAAUUGACAAGCUUGGUUCUGAGUUAAUGACAUUGAAAGUAAAUAAAACUACGAAUGAAAUAAAAUCCAUAUAUGCAAUUGAUGAUCAAACAAUGGAAAUGGUGGUCAAGAUUCCACAGUUAUAUCCCUUAAGUAAGGUUUCGGUGGAGGGACCAUUAAGACUAGGCGUGAAAGAAAACCAGUGGAAAGCUUGGUUAUUGGCUUCUCAAAGGGUAAUUUCCUUGACAAAUGGGUCAAUUAUCGAGGCUAUUGAACUUUUUAAUAAGAAUGUAAAUUAUCAUUUCUCUGGCUUUGAGGAUUGUGCAAUUUGUUAUUCUAUUUUACAUCAGGAUCAUUCAUUACCAUCUAAAACUUGUCCAGUGUGCAACAAUAAGUUCCACGCAGCAUGUCUCUAUAAGUGGUUUAAGAGUUCAGGAAGUAGUACAUGUCCUUUGUGCCGUUCUACGUUUAAUUUUACAAGAAGAUCAUAA